UGCGUGAACAACAUGGAAGCCAUGUGGAAGACACUGUACGGGAUACUCGAACUGAAUAAUUUACUAUAGCCUAUCGGUUGAAAUGUCCAUGAAACUCAAUUCUCCUUUUAAAGGUGUCAAAACUUUUGUUAUGACAAUGUUAUAAACUAUUUACCAACAAUUCUACGGGAAAGAAUGGUCAAAUAUCUCUACAUUAUUUCUCUAUGGACCGCAGUGGUCUCACACGGGUCCUCUGUAGCGCGUCCCGAAGGAGUUCACUUCAACUCCAUGAACCUGAGGAACAUUGUAAAAUGGCAUCCUGGGAAAGACACACCAAAUGACACACACUACACAGUGGAGUAUGCAAUCUAUGGUGACCGGGUGGAUGGUGGAGCGAGACAGGUGCGCUGGAGGGUGAAGAAGCAGUGCAGAGACAUCCUUCAGACCUGGUGUGAUCUAUCCAAUGAGACAACUGACCUGGAUGAAGGCUACUUUGCCAGAGUCAAGGCUGUGGGCAAAAUCAGAUCCUCCAAAUGGACACUCACAGAAAAGAGGUUUGAACCCAAAACUGACACAACCUUUGGACCUCCACUUGUAAAACUUGUGGUGAAGGAGAAUAGUGUUACCGUUAAGCUGAAGGGUCCAAUGAGAUGGAAGACUGGGAACAUUACAAAAUAUUACUCCUUGUUGAAAUUCUACCCUCAGAUGACAUACAACCUGUCUGUGUACGACAACAGAAGCAACAAAACGCAACACUUCACCGUGGAAAACAGAUCCUUUGAAUAUAGGCUGCUUGCCUAUGAAACCCAAUAUUGUUUCUCUGCUAAGGCCCAGUUCCUAUCACUUCUUUUAGCUUGUCAUGCAUCUGAAUGGCAGUGCAUAACAACCCCAAAAGAUCCCUUUUAUGGCCAGCUGCUACUGAUGUUGAUGGGAGCAGUUGUCCCAUCAGUCAUCUGCCUCUUCAUGCUGAUGCUGGUCGGAUGCCUUGUCUACCACUUUGUCUGUGGUAAUAAACAGAAAAGGCCCCCUUUCCUGGAAAUAUCGGACAUUCAGAACCCACCGCAGACCUUCUGUCCUGAGCAGGCUGUGACAGUGAAUGUGGUACUGGUUAACAUGGCCAAGCCCAUGGAGAUGAUGCCCAUAAAGCCCAACACUAUCCCUGCCCUCAUCCACCAGUCAGAGGGGGAGCCCAUACUACCCUACGCUGCCCAGCAAGCCCCUGGCAUAGAGGAUUCUCAGGAGGGAUCAUGGGAAGAUGAGUUCAGGGAGGCCCAACCAGAGCCCCUAGACUACGGCUUCGUUGGAGCGGCCCCAAAGAUUCCGGAAGUGAGGAAAAGUGAGGCAUCUGACAGUGAGGAAACCCUGCCGCUGCGUCUCAGCCAGGUCAACCUGUACAUAGCACAGAGAUCUGCACCAUGUUCACAGGGGCCUGUGGCGACAGGGCUGUUUAGAAUUCCACUGCUGUCUGGUAUAAAGAUGGGGGCGGAGAGCACGAGUUACAAAGAGCCUGAUCGGGUGGGUCCCUACGCACCGCAGCACUUCUCGGUCAGAGAGACCCCUGAGGUGGACCUUUGGGAAGACAAGGCUGAGGAGCCCCAAAGUUACCCCUCAGACUACAGCUUUGUGAGGGCAGCACUGGAGCAGCAGGUGGUGACAACAGAGUUCCAGACACAGUCUAACAGGAGUGAUACUCAGCCCCUGCGGCUAGCCCAGGUCAACCUGUAUAGAACCCAGAGGCAUGCACUGUUUCCACAGGAGUCUGAGGAAGAGGAUGGAUCUGGUGGUAACUGUGUUGACUGGAGCCCUACAACAGGUAUCCUCCAGAUCCCUCUGCUCUCCGAACAUAUUCCAGAGGUGGAGGUGGAGGGAGAGACGAACAGGGAGUUAGAGCAGGUGGAGAUCUUACCCUCUGUGGUAGUGAGGCAAUCAGAGGAGAGUGAGGGUGAGAGUGAUCUGACUAAACUACAGAACAACUGGAGGCUAGUGGUCAACAUGGAAGAGUAACCUAUUGGACAAUUACACUGGGAUUUGGGGGACACACUAUUACAGAGUGGUAUUGCUAUUCAUAAUGGCAAUUUGUUUAUGUUUACCGUAUGUGGAAAAGUUGCCAGUUCAUAUGAAGGAAAUAUUUUUAACUAAUACGAAUCGCUUUGUAACUGCUUUAGCACUGUGAUUGUAACUAACAUAUUUUUGAGAAAGGUUUUGUUUACUUGAUACCUUUUUAUCCAUACUUUUCUACUAACUUAUUACGAUUGAUGUAUUGCCAGAUAGCUUUUUUUGUGUACAACUUCAUACAAAGUUUAUAUGAAGGCACAUGCAAUGUCACUUUACCUCAUGAUGAUUAACAACCAGGAAGGAGUGUGGCUGUAAUGGUCUCUAACCAUGUUGUUUUAUAACACACUAAAGCUUACUGUCCUCAACCUGCAAAGUACAUUAUGUACAAUAUGUACUUCCCUCUGACUAUGAAGACAAAGCUUUUCAGGGAAAUCGUUGGACUGACCGGUCUAUGCAAAUGAAGGAUACAUUAGUUUUUUCCUCAAAUAUUUGACACUUUGAUGUCAUACAAUCACUGUUAACCGAUUUGUUCCCACAUUUUCCCCAGGCAUGCCACUAUGCAAAUCUUAUGCCAUUAGUAACCGUAACAUGUAAUCCAUAUUGCUUUUGUUCUUUUUAUUUUUUUAAAGUAUGUUUUAUUCUUGGUCACAAUUGUGACCGAAUGGAACAUACAGUGCUCUGCCUAUAAUAAAAUUAAUAGACAAUUA